AUGCAAUUUGCAGAGGAUGGUACUUUAAAAGAUUACCUUCAAGGAAAUGAACUAAAUUUAGAAACAAAUGUUAAAUUUAAUAUAGCUAUCCUUAACGGGUUGAAAUUUUUACACGAUGCAGAUAUAAUUCUCAGAGAUUUG